AUGGGAGUCGGAAAUUAUGGCCGCCAUAGCGAUAGCGCUAUUUUUGAAAAUUCAGUUUUCUAUCAACAGUUUGUUCAUGAUAAAAUUAUUCUUCCCCCAAAACCACUUCCUGGAACAGAAGUCUCCGUGCCUCAUGUAUUCGUUGGUGACGAAGGGUUUCCACUCCAAACAUAUUUAAUGAGGCCUUACCCAAAAUCUGGAGUUAUUAAUAAUGUUAGAAAGAAAACAUUCAAUCGGCAGCUCAGCAGAGCACGUCGUGUGGUUGAAAAUGCGUUCGGCAUUUUAGCUAUGAAAUGGCGACUGUUUUUAAGACCUAUAGAAACAGACGAGGGCACUGCUGACUGGAUUGUGAAAGCGGCAUGCUGUUUGCACAAUUACAUCAUAACAAAAAUCGGCAAUAGGGAAUCAGUCAUUGAAACAGACGAACAAGUAGAACCAAUACGAGCAUUAGCAGCGACAACACCGACCAACAGAAGAUCGAAUGCUGUUGCGUUUGAAGUACGAGAGCAUUUUGCUGAUUACUUUAGUAAAUAA